AUGGGCUGGCCGUACCACUUCCUGGAUCUCACCGAGGCCGAGAAGCUCGCGAGGCGGCAGGCGAUCGACCGGUAUGCGACGUACGCACAUGUCUCGGCCCUGAUCCCGGUAGCCGUGUUCGUGGUCCUCCGACUCGGCUCGCGGCUGGUGAGGACGGCGACUUCAUCGCGCGGGGCGUACGCUGCCGUGUCUGGUUCUCCGCGCCAGAAACAGCACAGAGUGAGCCUGGCGGGCUCUUGGUCGCGGAGCAUCCGGAAGGCCGUCUGGUGGCUCGGGGACGAUGUUGUGGUCUUUGGACAGCGCCGGGGCCAGUGGGGUCAGAUGAUUGCAGGGAUUGCGUGGACGCUUUGGUUGCUGUUCCUCUCUGUCGCCGGCACGGGUAGUGACUACCUUCAUCUCACCAAACGACUGGGCUUCGUUGCCAUCUCUCAGUUCCCGAUCCAAUACCUCAUGGCCCUGAAGAAUCUCAAUCCGCUGGCCUUCGCCUUCAACUCAUCACAUGAGCAGGUCAAUCGUUGGCACCGUGUGCUCGGCCUUAUCAUCUACCUCCUGCUGACACUUCAUGCCUUCUUGUACCUCAAUUUCUAUAUCCAACAGGGGAUCCUCAGCAACAAGCUUGUCCAACUUGUUCCACUUCUUGGUAUUGCGGCGUUCGCAGGCAUGAGUGUGCUCAACAUUACUGCUCUCUCCUUCGUGCGGCAGUACUCCUACCGAGUAUUCUUCAUCACACAUAUCAUAGUCGCUUUUGCACUCCCUCUAAUCGUCUUUUUCCACGCACGCUCAUCGUCAUUCUAUGUCGCGGAAGCCCUAGUGGUAUUCAUCGUGGAUUUAGCGAAGCGUAAGUACGACUCUAUCACUGCCAAGACGUCGUUAGAGGCCAUUCCGGGGACAGACCUCAUCAAGAUCGUGGCUAGCGUUCCAGCUCAGACGGCCAGCCGGUUCCGCGAGACUCCCGGCUCGCACGUCUACCUCAAUGUCCCUACAACAUCUCGACCGAGUCAGAACCCUCUCGCGACCGCGCACUUGGUCUUCGAGUUUGUCUUUAGUCCGUUUACUGUGGCGUCGAUUAAUGAAGAGGCGGGCGAAUUGACAUUAGUGGCUCGGUGUCACGACGGCCCGAUGACCAGAGCUUUCGCCAACUUUGCGAACGCCAGCUCCGCGGACACCAAGGUUCCACUGACUCUGGAAGGCCCCUAUGGAUGUGCUACUCGGUUCCCAAGCCUCGCAAGCUCGGAAUUCGAUCGAGUCUUGCUGGUUGCCGGCGGCGUCGGUGCUACCUUCAUACUGCCCAUCUACCGCUCGAUCCUGCACGAGAACCCGGCAGCCAGGGUGCAAAUGGUCUGGGCAGUACGAGGAGCCGGCGACGCGACAUGGCCCAUGCCUGGGAAAGGCGAGACCAGUAUUCUCGAAGAUAACAAUGUCCAGCUGUUCCUCACCGGAAACCUGCUCGAGGACGGGAGCAGCAAUGCCGGACCUAGCGAUGCAAGCGAAGGGGUGGAGAUGGACACAAUAUCCAAGGCCCGGACGGACGGCAAAUCCGCUUCUACCCACAACCGUAACCGGCCCAAUCUACAGAAGAUCGUGGACGAUGUGUUCAAACAAGGCGUCGAAGACCGAGUUGCGGUUCUAGUGUGUGGGCCAGAAGAGAUGGCUCGCGAGCUGAGAUCGUAUGUUGGAGUUUGGGUCAAGAAGGGCAGGCAGGUCUGGUGGCAUAAUGAGAGCUUCGCUUGGUAG